UGCGCAUUGUUUCAUGGUGCAACGCAGACGCAGAUCGACAGCAAUCACGAUCAGAAGAAAAAAAACAGAUGUCAGUAUUUUUCUUUGACAAACUCCGACAAAUGAGAUGUGGAUUAUUAUGGCGAUCAUAAACGGAUUACAGGUGCAAGAGUUCGGCAAACAGCGCAAUCAGUAAAACUGCAAUCGUUUUUAGUCACGUGGUCACGCCUGGCCAAUCAGAACGAGCCAAAUCCGACGGAAAGUAUGUCCUUUGUUCGGAUAUUUCGACAACUUUAUUCGCCUAAUUGUGGCGAAUAAUCUGCGCGUCUCUCUGGAUAUGGACACGGUGUUUUUAUGAGCUCGGGCUCGCGUUGAACACAUUUUAUCGCGGUGUUUGCAGAAUGCCACGUGUCCAGAUUUGAUGAACGGGCACAAGUCGUCACAUGACUCCCCUCCCCCACCCUGCGCAGGGAAUGGGGGAAGAAGGCGGACAUGUUUGAGGGAAAUGUGUUGGUUAAAAAGUAUCGAGCUGGAAGACAAGAAGAUAAUUUGAAGAAAGGUUUCGCAUUAUUUUGGGAUUUAUCAUUGGAAUUUCUUACUUACUUUACAUUCCAGACUUUAUUGACUUAUACUCAACAUUCAUUUUAUAUUUUUUAUAUAUAUAUAUUUAAAAAUGUUUAGUUUAAUGUUUGUUUUUACAGCACAAUGUUAUGAAAACGUUAGAAAUAUUUGAAGCUGUAUUAAUAUGUGCCAGUGCUGUAUCGUGUAUUUCAGUGACAUUGCAGGGAAUUUGUAACCUUGGUGUGGGGGAUGGGCGCAGUGGUUAGGUAACCUUUUGUGUGUCGUCGUUUCAAUGAGUUUAAGUCGGGGGACGUUUUGGGGUGGUGUGUCCAAUGGGUUUUGCGACGGGUCUAUAAAAAGCCGGGUGUAGUCGCAUAGUCGCCAUUUCAGCGAAGCAGAUUUGAAAGAGAGCUCCGUGGCGGGGAACGGAGAGAUCUGACGACUGGAGACGGAUCCUGGUUUGAGUGUAGCUAAAAACAGAAUCCGGAUCCAUCCCGAUGGAAAUGGCUGUUAACCCGCUCAUUGACAGCUCCCAUGUUGGGCCUGAUGCCAGUAUGUUGGGAAUAAUGAUGGAUCAGAACUGUGGCACAGCUGGAAAACGCAUCCGAAAACCUUCACUGCUCUACGAGGGCUUUGAGAGUCCUGGAAUGCCCCCCCACAGCCAGAUGACCCCUUCCGGGCCCCCGCAGCCCCCGGUGAAGGACCCCAACCGCCAGGGGAGGAUGACCAACCAACUGCAGUUCCUGCAGAAAGUCCUGCUCAAAUCUUUGUGGAGGCACCACUUUGCCUGGCCUUUCCACGAACCCGUGGAUGCUGUCAAGCUCAGCCUGCCGGACUAUCACAAGAUCAUAAAAAAUCCAAUGGACAUGGGCACAAUUAAGAAGAGAUUAGAAAAUAACUACUACCGCAGUGCCAGUGAGUGCAUGCAGGACUUCAACACCAUGUUUACCAACUGCUACAUUUAUAACAAGGGCACCAAAGGAGCAGGAGGGAACAGGAGGGGAGUGAGCGGACGACCCAUCAAACCUCCUAAGAAGGACUUACCAGAUUCUAUCCUGCCGCCGCCGGUGCGCCGCAGCAAGCUGAGCCCUCAGAUGCGUUACUGCAGCGGCGUCCUGAAGGAGCUGCUGUCGAAGAAGCACGCCGCGUACGCCUGGCCGUUUUACAAGCCUGUCGAUGCCUCGUCGCUCGGUCUUCACGACUACCACGACAUCAUUAAACAGCCCAUGGACCUCAGCACCAUCAAGCGAAAGAUGGACGGCAGAGAGUACCGUGAGGCGCACCAGUUCUCCGCUGAUGUUAGACUGAUGUUCUCCAACUGCUACAAGUACAACCCUCCUGACCACGAUGUGGUGGCCAUGGCCAGAAAACUCCAGGAUGUUUUUGAGUUCUGUAUUGCUAAAAUGCCAGAUGAGCCUCCAGCACCACCGAGCUCUUCCUCGUCUUCCUCAUCCUCUUCAUCCUCCUCUGAGAGUGAGCUCAGCAGCGAGAGUGAGGAAAGCGACAGCAGCCCAAGCUCCGACUCUGAGGAGGAGAGGGCGAACCGUCUGGCAGAGCUGCAGGAGCAGCUAAAAGCUGUUCAUGAGCAGCUCACCGCACUGUCCCAGGGCCCCAUCGCCAAACCCAAGAAGAAGAAAGACAAGAAGGACAAAAAGAAGAAGAAAAAGGUUGAGAAAGAGAAGCACCGGAGGAUAGAGGAGGAUGUGACACCUGUCAGGCCGCCCAAGACCCCGAAAAUGACCAAAACUCCAAAAUCUAAGAGCAAGAGUGUGCCCUGCCCCGUGAUGCCGAUGAAGAAGGCACCGAGCAAGAAAAACAACAAGAGCAAAUCCAAAAAGGCCAACGUCAUCCCGCAGGUGGCCCACGAUCCCCUCGUGAGCCAUUUUGACUCAGACGAAGAGGAGGAGACGGCGCCUAUGUCGUACGAAGCCCGGCAGAGAUGGAGCGUUCCCGGCGCUCAGCUCCGACAUGAAGGAGGUUCCUGCUCUCCUCCCUGAAGAACCGGCCUCGGCGGGUGGAGUGAGGGACGCUCCAUCUCCUGCACAUAAAGAAGAUUGAGGCGUGCGUUGGAGGGAUAAGGGUGCUAGAGCCAGAAUGUGUCUAAUUUCUGGAGAUAAUUUUCCCUUCUCACCGUGCUCCCUGUCUUUAUGCUGUAUAGACGAGGUGUACAGUACUCAAUACAUUUCUUUUAUAAAGAAGCAUUUUAUGGAGCUAAUUUAUUCCCUCAUUGUGGGAACAAUGAAACUGGCAUGAGCGAAGUCGUUUUUGUUUGUGUUUCUUUCUUUUUUUUCCAAGUGGAUAAAGAGGGGAAAUGUUUGUGUGUGUGUUUCUGUGCGAAUGACGUCGUGACGUUCUUCAUAGUUUUGACGCAGGCGUUGAAAAAGUGGGUCUGCACACAGAAGCACCUUCAGAACGCAUGAGAUACAGAGGAGCUGACGAACAUCUGCACACAUCUGUUGGAGGGGCAUGAAUGUUUCUGUGUCGGCUGUUUUCUCAUCCUUUUCUCUGUAAACGUGUUGCUUUUUCUAAUGUGACCAAUCUGCUAAUAAAUUGUGGGGGCGUUUCGUCCUGUGCUCAAUAACAUCUGUUCCUCUGAUUUCUUUAAUUCAGUCACAAAAACAUCGGAUCAGAGAGGUUUUAAAUCCAGAAGUUUGUCUUUAAACAAUCGGCCUUCGAGAUCGACGGCAGCUGAAAGUUUCAGUUUUAUUUGACUUUACUUUGUGUGAUUAAACUUUAGUUACAGCAGGUUAGAGACGGCGAGUUUGUUUUGAUCGAGUAGACGCCGACGACGGAUUCGUGUUGUUGUGAUGAUGCACUGUUUCGUUUUGUUUGUACUACUAAACCAGUUUGUGAUUUUUAGGGUAAGGUGUGUUUUCUGUUCUUCUGCAGCGGAUUAUUUAUUUAGGAGGAAUUUUAAAAAGGAGAAACUUUUCAUACUGAAAGCAAACGUUUGUGGACAGGUUACGUGUCGGGAUUGUGGAGGUGUAGAUAACCUACAGCCUCUGAGCAUGUUUUUGUUUCCCUUUGAUUCCUUUUUUUCAGUCUGAAGUUUGUCAGAACCCUGAAGCCUGUGUACUCCAUCGCUUCACCUGAACAUCUGUACAUAAAUAAACUGAGACGUCUUUUCACC